CCUGCCCCGGCCCUAGCCCGGGUCCUCCAGUGCGUCCAAGUCCCUCGGGUCGCCGCCGCCGUCGCAGGGAUGGCCAGGAAUCCCGUUUCGCAAGUGCCCGGAUUCAUAUCGUUUGAGCAGGAUAAAAGAGCUCAAAUAAGGACGAAGACAUCAAAGCCAGAGACCAAUCGACUCGCCAGGGAGACAGCGGGCAGCGUGCGAGUGACAACGGGGAGGCCGACGGAAACCAGCUCCGGGAUCAAAAAGAACUCUGUAAAUACUUCAAAAAGCUCGAUCAACUCGUCCUCCAGACCUACUUUGUCGACGAAAAGAACGGAGUCAAACCCGAAAACCCCGGCUGGUGUAGAUUCAAAGACGAGAAAUAAUGUAUCGACCAAAGUGCCAAAUGCUACCUACAAAACGGAUUCGAACCCAAGACCUCCGACGAGUGUCCCAAGCUCGAAAACAACCUCGCUCCGAUCAACGACUCAGGUGGCUCAAGACAGGACCUCCAAAAGUGGACCGAAAGGUUCCGCAUACAGCUCAACAAAACCCUCAGUUUCUUGGAAACCGGAGACCAGCAGAUCUCAACAACCAGCGCCGCGACAGAGCACUGCCAGCAAAGUUCCCAGUCGGCCGACCGUGAAAAUGAAAGAGGAGAUGGAUCGAAUAUCAUCUUCCAGCGAAGAGAGCCUUCACUACUCGGACGAUUUUGAGGACUACGAAUCCGACUUCGAGGAGUACGUGGGAUCGGACGAUGAUGACGUGGUGGAGAAAACCCCUCGGCAGGAGGAAAAGCCGACCGGAAAAGCGGCUUUCGGUGAGGAAAUGACCCACGAUUCCGGGACCUACGACAUGACGGCCGCCCCGCACCGCACGGACCACAUGCAGACGAUACAAGAGAAAGCCAGGGCAGAGAACCUCAACUUGGAUUUCAUCACCGGCGACUUCAACUCGCUCGUCUCAAAGGAUGAGGGCUUCGAGGAUUUCAAGAAGGAGGAGAAUUCCUUAUCUUCUCUGCAGUAUCAUCAGUUCAUAACAUUCGAGACGGUCUCAAAAGAGGAACGAAAACAGAAAAAAUUACGGAAAAGCGAGCUGCGAGCGAGGAAGCUGCUGUCGAUGUUCCGCCUGGAUCAGAAAGGCGGGAUCCUCAUGAACAUGGCUCCCAUCCCUUACGAGAUCUACAUGCAGUGCUACGGACGCUCAAACACGCUCCAGAUCAGUACACAGACGGAGGAUAACAGGCCUUCAACUGAGGUCCAAACCGAGGAGGAAGAGAAGCGAACAAAAUGGACCCAAAUUCCAGGUCCGAUCAAAGAUAACCCGAAUAACGCGACGGGCUUGAACCGUGCUCCCACACUUCAGCAGACAAGGGAAGGCGUUGGAGAUGAUUCCAUGAGGUCCCAAGAGGCUAUCGCGGCUGACAUAACGGAGCGGAAUAUUUACAAACUGGAUGGAAAGAGGUUGGAUCGAUUCCUAUCCAUUGCAGGAAAGAGAAUUCUCAUGCUUUUGGAAAGGAACUCCCGAGGCGUCCGGCACGGAAGCUACCAAUUAGAAAAGGACAAGUCUCUGGAAUUUAGUAAAGGCUGCAUUCCUUUACGGACUGAAAAAAUUAAAUUCUUGAGGAAUCGCCCUGUGACAUCUGUUGUUCUGGAACCGACAAGAUGCACACAGUGCCUCACUGUACAUACUCCGACCCCAAAAAAUGAAAGAGUGGACGCUUCUGAAAAUAGGACAAUCCUCUGCGUUUGGAAUAUCGCGGAGCCCUCUAAACCGACGAAACUCCUAACAACUCCUACCGACCUCUCAUGUUGUGGCUUCAACUGGCCUCAUCCACACCUCAUUCAAGCCGGACUCAAGGAGGGAUCAAUUGCAGUUUGGGACACCAAAGAAGCAGCAGGGUUCCAUCAAAGGGUGAACUCGGAAGAUGAAAGCAGCGAAUGGGUUUUAAGGGUUCCUUCAUACAUAACAGCUGCAAAGGUGAAUGAAACAAAUCAUUUAGAGCCGAUAGUUGGGUUAGAAUCAAUCAGGCAUGAGCUGCAAUCGACCGACAACGAUCGAUCUCCUUCACAGAUAUGCAGUUUGGACCAAAAAGGCUUGAUUAUUAUUUGGACUCUAGUGCAGACGGGCCCUGCUUCAAAAAACCCUGACCAAGGUCAAGCUUACUGGAGUAAAAUUAAACUCGUCAAGAGUAAAACUUUGCACGCGUUUGAGAACAUUCCCUCAUCUCUGAUGGAUGAUCGUUCAGCCACGUCUCUCACGCUGCAGGAUCAGCACGUGUUCGUAACGACGAACACGGCUCAAAUUGUGCGAAAAAGUUUCGCGAGCGGGUCUUCCAAUAGAAUGGCAUACCGGUCACAUACUGAUGAGUUUACUGGUAUUGAAAGUGUUAAAAUCUGUCCAUUUGAAGGAAACUAUUUCCUGGCUGGCUGUGAAAAUGGAGGAAUACAACUUUACUUCCAAAAACGCUGUACUCCUCUCAUCUGCUUUUUUGGUGCGAUAGAAACAAAUGGAUCAGGAAUCAAAAGCAUACAUUGGUCAAAUUUGAAACCUGGAGUAUUUUUCGUCCUGGACAGCAACUCAAGUAUCCACCUAUGGGAUUUGUGUUCCAGCGACAUGCACCCAUAUCUAAGUAUUCCUUUCCCGGACCGGAGGAUUACUAGCAUCAGCACUGCCUCUGAUGAUUUCCAUGCAGCCUUUCUAGCAUUUUCAACAAUGGACGGGGUGGUGGAAUUACAUCAACUGAAAGAGGAAUGGACCGGUUCCGACAAACAAAGAUUUGAAAGAGAUUUAGAAAAAUUUACAUGUUAUUUGAAUGUUUUACUGUGAUAGAAUGAAUAAAUAAAAAAAUAAAAACUCAACCACCUUGUUACAACUUUA